AUGUCGUCGCCAGCGAUCGAGCCAACAACUUCGUCUACAACACAAUUACUGGCAAGGUCUCCGGGCGCCCAUAUCAUCUCCGAUUCCGAUUCAAAGAACCACCCACCGGUCCCUUUCGGUCGCGCAGGCAAAAUCGCUCCUCCGGAAACGUUAUCUAAGGUUACUACAGCUCCUUGGAAAGAUGAAGGCUGUCUUUGCUAUCAAGUCGAGACUAGGGGUGUCUCCGUAGCUCGUCGCGACGACAAUCGCAUGAUCAACGGCACCAAGCUGCUCACAUUGACUGGUAUGACAGCAGCACGCAAAGGCGAUUUGCUGAAGAGGGAGAAGACUAAACACGUGGUCAAACUCGGGCCAACACAUUUUAAAGGCGUCUGGAUUCCGUUCGAGCGUGCCUUGGAAUUGGCGAACGCAGAAAAGGUCGUCGACUUGCUAUAUCCCUUGUUCGUGGAUGACAUUGGGUCACUCGUAUGUCAGACUUUGCAUCAGAAGCUCACGCCUUAUGUCGACUUUCAACCCCAAUUCGAAGACGUGAAGGAAACGACUAGGAGUAGCAAAGCUAAAUCAGCUCACUCUUCUGUGAAGAAAGAGGAAGACGAGGUUUUACAAGCGCUCGCCCUGGACACUUUGCAACAUGUCGAACUCCAGGAGCUGGGAAUUCUUGGGUCACUAUUCAGAUCUCUCACAGAGAUGCUAGGACUCAUCAUGAAGGAGUUUAGGAGCCAAUCUAGUGAUGCCAGGCAUUACAUAUCUCUAGAGUCAACCUGCGCAACUUUGUUAUUCUGGGGUACCGACCUUGGACUGCCGCGAGGCGAGCUUGACGAUGUGCUUAAGGGCUCUCCCCAGCUGCGCAACACUUGCCUGGCCGUUCUUGUAUCCAUCUCUCGAUUUGUGAGCACCUCUUUGAUACACCUUGUGAUCAGCGAGCAUCAUCGUAAAGAGAUUUUACAGUCUACCGAUGUUGCGACCGUUCUGGAACAAGUCACGGACAUGAUUGGUCGACAACAUAAUUUCGCUUAUCAGCCCGAGCAAGAUGCGGAGACGAUGUGUCACACCCUUCGUACGAAGAUUGAUACACUGAUCAUGUUGGCACCCAGCCUGGAAUCACCGGCUGGAGAAAUCUUCGACGAAGAGAAGCCUCGUACUAUCCAAGACAUUGGAGAGACCCUACCGGAACAGGCCUACGCUAGCAGUGUUGCAGAAAAGUACCCUUUCGCUCCACCAGAAAUAGUGGCCCAACUUGGAAGAUUGAACUGGGAUCGAUAUAAUCACAUUCUUCGUCUGCAACGGGAAGCAAUGGAGCAGGAGCUUCAGACGACCACUGUAGAGAAAGCGAAAACGGUCUUCCAUAACUCCGGCCUUGGAAUCUCGGUGCCUGCACAAUCCGAAGUGGGGUUAAACGCAGAUCCGGCCUACGAACCUUCGAUCACGUCCAGCAGAGCUGAAGCGAGUCACAAGCGUGUGCCUCCAAUGCCAGCCCAAGCGCGGUCUGGCGAGCCUUUCACAUGCGAGAUUUGCGAAAAGCAGGUUCAGUUUCGACGGACCAAAGCUUGGAAGUGA